AUGUUUCUCACUGUUACCGAUCCAUCCAGUACUGCUCUACAAAUUCUUUUACGUGUGAACAUUCAUUAUACAAUUCUUUGGUUUAUUCUUGAAAUUCUUCUUUAUAUUUUUAAAUAUUAUAAUUUACCUUAUGCUACGAAUGCAUUUGGUACAGAAAUGGCAAUUAUAUUUAUGUUAUGUCUAAAUGAAUAUAUCCGGCACUUUUUCGGUAUGAAAGGAAAUUUAAGAUUGGAUAACUCGUUUUUAAUUAUCUUCAUUUUGUAUGGAUUUUUCUCUAUCAUUGGCUUUAUCUUCUUUCUUGUUUUACAAUCCUAUGCUCAGCGUGCAGAAAUUAUACUCUCAUCUAUUGGUCUUGCACUAAUUACCGUCGAAAUAUUACUUAGUAUUAUAACGAUUAUUCUCAAUAAGAGAUCAAUGCCUGUAUUAUCGGACUCGGAAAAAAUUGUACGAUUAAACGAAGCUCGAAAAAGAUUUGAAUCGUCAAUAAAAAAUGAAUAA